GCUGAGAUAUCCCAUAUUUCUUCCCCAGAGCGUCCAUGCCAGACAGUUCAGGUUGUGUCUGACAACGGAGCGAUCAGGGUCUUCGAGGUGGCUGAGGAAGGCGAUUGAAACUUCAAGAAUGUCAAAGUGAAAAGCAGAGUUUAUCAACAGAUGUCAAAGGGCAGACAGGCCUGUCUCCACUAAAGCCAAGUAUAUCUGAUGACAGCAAGAGUUAGCUCAAUAGGCAGGAUAUCAGACGGCGGUGCUGGCAUCCAAAGUUAGAACUCGUCCCCAAAAGUAGUUUGUUUGACAAAUGUUUACAGUUUUUCUUUCCCAUUGAAAAGACAAUGGAGUUGCCGCUUCUAACUUUGCAUAGAAAUAGCGGAAAACGUUAAGACUAACUCGUAUUUGUCUCUCAGCUAGAGGAACACAAUGUUAUUUUUCGUUGUAGAAAAUCAAAGCGCACAACCCCACCAUUAAUGGUACUCAGAAUUUGACAGGCGGUCGCUCUAUCUUCAUUUUGCAAGGGAUUCUGAAAGUACAUGUUUGGUGUAAGAGCUUAGGUCAGUUGUGCAGUCUGUAUUAAGCACAAGAAAAAGCAACAUAGAGUCAAUGAACAGAAAACCCCCAAAGUACUUAGAUAUUUAGCAACAAAGUGCCACAGGGCAGAAGCAAACGAGAAGUAAAAGUAUAAAUACCAAAUUAACAUCAUCAUGUCGACGGCUUCCUCCUCGAGCAGAAGUCAAAACAGCUUUGCCCGCCCCACAAAACUGACAGGGGACUCCGAUGAUGAGAAGACAGACCUGCGUCUCAAACUGGACAGUUUGAACAUGCGCGUGCAGACACCGACCUACAUUUAUGUGCUCACCUUCUUCGCUGCGCUAGGGGGCUUUCUCUUUGGUUAUGAUACAGGCGUCAUCUCAGGAGCCAUGAUUUUGCUGAGGAAUUCUUUCAGCCUGUCGUCAGUAUGGCAAGAACUCAUCGUGAGCGUCACUAUCGGAGCAGCAGCCAUCUUUGCCUUGAUCGGCGGCUUCCUUAACGACCGUCUAGGUCGCCGUCCAGUCAUCAUGGGAGCUUCGCUUUUGUUCACACUCGGCUCCGUCAUGAUGGCGGUCGCCAAGGAUAAGUUUGCUCUUCUGGCUGGCCGGAUUGUCGUUGGUGCUGGCAUAGGUCUGACGUCAACCACAAUCCCAAUGUACCUGGCUGAGUGCUCUCCCUCCUAUGCCCGGGGCAGUUUAGUGUCCACUAACAUUGCAAUGGUGGCCUUUGGUCAGUUUAUGGCUAACGUGGUCGACGGUAUCUUUGGCUCCGACCCAAAGAACGGAUGGAGAUACAUGCUUGGCCUGGGUGCGCUGCCGUCCACGGUUCAGUUCCUGGGGUUUUUGUUCAUGCCUGAGUCUCCCAGAUGGCUCAUAAGCGUGGGUCGAGAGGAGAAGGCAAGGCGAGUGCUGCAGUCGAUGAGAGGAGCCCUGGACAUUGACGAAGAGUAUGAGAAUAUCAAACAGUCGUGUACAGAGCUACAGCAAGAGGAACAGAACAGAGAAUCUUGGCACUGGUUCAGAGACCCACCCCGGCCCCAGUUCCACUUUUCUACCUUUUACGUCGACUCGUUGAGGCAGACAACGCGCCCCUGCAGUGUUUCUCAGAGACGCAGACUCCAGUGUGAAGCCUUGAAAUCUCUUGGGGAAAUAGAAUGGUCAUUUGUGGGACCUCAUUUUGACGACUCGAUUAGCGAGACAUUUAUGAGUCCAGAGAAACAGCGGUACAAGCUUCUGUCUUGCUCUCUUAAUAUUCUAGUUUCUUUCAUGUUUAGAGCACUUGUUUAUACAAACAUUAUUACCACCAGCCUUAUCCACCCCCACCCCUCGCGCAAACAAUCACGUUCUAUUCCUUCAACAUCACCUCCUAUUAGUGUCCGGCAGGACACUAUUCUCAUAUACAAAAAAACCCAAUUAAAAACUGUUGUAUCCACUCCCAGGUACUACUCUGCCACCAUUAUCCGCAUGUCUGGGGUAAAAAGCGACGAGGCUGCCAUCUGGCUAUCUGCUGUCACAGCCGCCGUCAAUUUCCUCUUCACACUCGUCGGCCUGUACCUGGUGGAGCGGAUAGGGCGCCGGCCCCUGGCCCUGGGCAGUCUGAUGGGUGCUAUCAUCAGCUUGGCCUGGCUGGCCGUAGGCUUUCACCUGUCCGCCCUCAACACGCCCCCUAUUGACCUUAUAGAACACGGCACAGAUGCAUAUCGAUGUUCGAGAUACAGGUCAUGCAAUGACUGUCGCAGAGACUUAGACUGCGGCUACUGCUACGUAGACCAGCCUGACUUCGUGACCAACUCGUCCUGCCUCCCCACAUCUUACGACAACCCGUGGACGGCUACAGUGGGCAGGUGUAACAGCAGCACCUUGCAAGGAGGCCUCACCUGGGCUUAUGACUACUGCCCAACACCCUACUCCUGGAUGCCCAUGGUCGGCCUGGUCCUCUACCUCAUCUCGUUUGCACCGGGUAUGGGCCCUAUGCCGUGGACUAUCAACUCGGAGAUCUACCCACUGUGGGCCCGCAGUACUGGCAACGCCGCCUCCACCUUCACCAACUGGGCGUUCAACCUGGCUGUGUCUAUGUCUUUCAUCAGUCUCACUGAGUCGCUCACGAGAUAUGGAACCUUCUGGCUGUAUGCCUGUUUGGCGUUUGCAGGAGCCAUAUUUCUGGCGAUCAUUUUACCUGAGACAAAGGGUCGCACGCUUGAGGAGGUGGAAGGUUUAUUUGCCAGAUCAUUUUUCUCCCGCUCUUGGUUUGCCAACUCAGCCGAUCCCAUCCAGCCGCUGAAUCCACAGAGUAUCCAGUAUGUGCACAUACGAGGUUUGAACCGGGACGGCCGGGAAUCAGAACUGGACUCACCGGAAUAGCACCGGGUACCCGCUCCUAGUUGUGUGGUGAUAAUACUACUAUGAUAAUGAUUGUGUCGAUGAAAGGCAUACCAUCAUUGUUGCAAUACAAUAAUAAUAAUAAUAA